AUGGCCGUGUAAAUAUAUAAUUGACAUGGUUUAUAAUGUCUAGUUUACAUUAUAUCGGUCAGCUCUCUCUGGAAUCCUUUAACCGACAGGUUAUUGAAGCAACAAUUGACAAGUGCUCUAAAACACACAAUCCAAGAGUAUUAGAGGCAAUAAAACAGACUUGGAUUGAAAAUUUAAACAAAAGGCUUAAUUCGGUAAAAUAUCAAUCGAAAAAACGUCAUUCUAAACUAUCGAAAUCGGUUAGAGAAGUUUUAGAAGAGAAUAAGGAAUCAGAGAAGCCUGAAACAUCUGAAGAUGAGUUUUUGGAUGCGGAUGUCGUUUUAGCAAAACAAUCUUCUCCCUCAGUGUCACCAAUUUUGAGACCAACAAAUCCAGUCUCAACAGAGUCGCCAAAAAAUAAUAAAGAUUCAUCAAACUUAGAAAAAGCUGGUGAUAAUUCCGAAAAGGAUAACCCGGAUACGGAUAUUAGUAUCUCUGACAUUAGUGAUUUGGACGACGAGGAACCUGAGACUGAUGACUUGGUUAUAGGAAUGUUAGAUAAGGUUACCAGACCAAGUAGUAAGAAGUUUGGACCUCCUUUAUGGAAACUUAAGUUAAAAUAUGGAAUUAUGCAGAUUAAUAAUGUCGAGAUUCCAUUUGACACACUUGAGGGUGAAUUCGAGUUUUAAGUUAUUUUAUCUCAUUUUUAAUGAUUUAAUUUUUUAAUAAUUU